AAACCCCGGACGGGCCUACCGCCGUCAGCCGCAUCCGCGAUUCCGUUCACCUUCACGGCUUCACCAGCCUGCGCUCUCUCCUCUCAGCGCGACGACUGGGUGGCGGGGCUACCGCCGCCGCCGCCGCCCGACACCAAGUGCCGAGGUUUUCGUCGGUCUCUUCGCCGGCGACGAGCUCCAACCAGGUGCUAGCGCGGUACAAUUUUCGAGAAUUUGUGGUGUUGAACUGAACCUCCAUGACACAAGCUAAACCUGCCCCUAGUGGCAAGAGGAACUGGAGCAGUGGCGGGACUGCCGCUGGAAGGAAGAACAAGGAAAGAGGAGAUGACAAAGCAAAAGGAAUCAGGGUUGCUGGUUGGAACAAGGGCGACAAGAAGAAAGAAGACAAAGGGCGACAAGUAAGUGCGGGAUCGAAGAGGCGGUGGAGUGAGGGAGUGCCCCGGGUUGGUGUGAAGAGGGCUGUGUCUGGGUUUGACAGGAGGAAGAGGAAGAUCGAUGAUGACUCGUGGGAUGAUGAUGGUGGCAAGGAUGUUUCAUCUUCCAAAUCAAAGUUUACCAGAAAGUGUUCUUCCACAAUAAGCCGUCGAAAGGUUUCUCCUGGAAAAGGUGACAGAUUGAAGUCUCAAACGUUGUAUGAGGAUGACUACCGUGCAGGGAAAAGGAGUAUUAGCAAAGUUUCUGAUGUUAGUAGAGGGGUCAAGAGUCGACUGGUGAAUUCUGUAGCAUCCAAAGGGAAGAAGCUUGGUGCAUCCGAAGGAGUCAUACGAACAAAGAAGGGUGGUGCUAAAGAAGUUGAUUUGGAUGAGGAGGCUGUUAAUAGCAAGAAGUCAGAUGACUUGGAUCUUAUUAUUGAAGAAGAGAAGCCUCGCCCUCGCCUUACUCGAGUACUGGACCAGACUGGUAAGAAAAUAAAGCCCGCUAAGAAGGUUGUAGUUCCUGACAAUGAGGAACGUGCUCCUCCUAAGAAGAGAAAGCGAAUGAAGCUAGAUCCUUAUGACACUUCAAACAAACGGAUUGAAGAUUCUUCUAUCCAAGAUGUUUCCAGUGCAGAGAAGGUUCUCGUGAAUUGUACACCUGAAGAAGAGACUGAAAUGUCAAUAAAUGCAAAAUUUCGUGCUAUACAGCCAAGUUCCUCAAUCCUUUCAUAUGUGGAAGAUAAUUUACUAGGUCGUAGGCGCUUAAUUGAGAUAAAAAAUGCUGGCUACAAUGUCAAGAUUUCUGCUCCUCUGGAUAACGUUCCCUUCUCAACCAGCACAGAACGUGAACGCAUAGAAGACAGUGCGUUCAGAAAUAAGCUGGAAUUCUUUGCUGCUGCAAAGAUCUCUUCCUCAUUCCCCACUCCAACACUCCCAGAGAUAGCAUUUGCAGGUGUAUCAAAUGUUGGUAAAUCCUCACUCCUAAAUUCACUUACAAGACAAUGGGGUGUUGUGCGAACAUCAGAUAAGCCUGGACUUACUCAGACAAUAAAUUUCUUUCAACUUGCUUCAAAGUUAUGUCUUGUUGAUUUACCUGGAUAUGGUUUUGCUUAUGCAAAGGACGAAGUUAAGGAAUCGUGGGAGGAACUUGUGAAAGAGUAUGUUUCGACCAGAGUUGGCCUAGAAAGGGUGUGCCUUCUUGUGCACACUAAACGAGGAAUGAAACCGUUGGACUAUGAGCUUGUAGACUUAAUGGAAAGGCACAAGACGCCAUACCAGAUUGUACUGACAAAGACUGAUUUAGUUUUCCCUAUUGAUGUUGCUCGUCGUGCCGUGGAAAUCCAAGAGAGCCUGAAGAGGAAUAAGUCAGUGGUAAACCCAGUGAUGAUGGUGAGCUCUAAAACAGGAGCUGGCAUACGCAACCUGAGAGGCGUGCUUGGAAAGUUAGCUCGCUUCAUCAAACCGUAGCAAAGCUGCAGCCAAUUUCGGAGUCUGCGUCGGUCGAGACCGUGAGAGGAAACUCACACCAGGCUGUCUUAGGCAGGUGCCGCGCUACGUCAACGCUCUAACCAGUCCACCGCCACAAGCUUCGUCUGCAUCAGUUGAGACUAUCGAAGACUUGCUGCAAGCGUUCCUAGUUACGUUAUGCUUUGGAGCCUAGCUGUAUCACAGGCCAUUCCGGUAGGAUUGAACUGUUCAACUUUUGAGUGGAUUAUGCAAUGCUCAGAUUAAUCCAUGAAACAUUUGAGUUUCCCCAUUUGGAUAUACGGAAUCGUACAUCCUUAAAAUCCAUUAUGCAUCGUUCCUUGAUGUACAAUACUUUUUCAGUGAUGAUUCAUCACUCAUCAGUCAUUGAUGUUUUAUGUGUUC